AGCGUCGAAUCCGUGUCAGGAGACAGGAGCAAGCUGUUCGUUCUGCCCGAAUGCUCUACGUCCUCCAGCAGCAGGUAAAAGAAAUCCAGGAAGAAUUGGAUAAAUCGAGUCCACAUAAAAUUAAACACACCAAGAAGUCAUGGGCAAUGUCUAGGCUGGCGGCCGCCCAUCGAGGAGCCAUUCGGGCCUUACAGAUGUUUGUCACUCAGUUUACUGACCGAGGGGAACACCCAGUUCCUACACGGUGUAGGGAGCUGGGCAGCCUUAUCCGCCAGCUUUCACUUUGUUCUGCCAAGCUGGAUGCCGAUCCUUCUGUUCCUGAUGUGGUUAUAGAUAUUCUGCAACAAAUUGAGGCUUUGGAAUCUCUCCUUGAAAAGAAACUGUCACCAAAAAAGGUGAAGAAAUGUUUCAGUGAAAUUCGGAGUAGAUUUCCCAUUGGUAGCCAAAGGACCAUAGAGAGAUGGCCAAGUACAUCGCCGAAGAGCGAGAGGAGACCCUUUGUAGCAAAGGAGACGUUUCCAUGGGAAACGAGUGGACCUUCAGUGGCAAAGAAACUUCUUGCUGAUAAGUAUCAGCCUGACACAGAGCUUCCAGUGACCCAGAGGUUGGAGUGUGAGCUUGAUUUAUUAGAUGCGGAUAUCCUUCCGGAAGAAGCCCCACUUAUUCCAGACCAAAGUGCAAGCUUCAAAGACGAGGCAAUAGCCCCGGCAAAAACAAAAGCAGCAAAACAGAAGUCUGUGACUGAGAAUGUGCCAUUUAGGAAGAAAGAUACUCUGGCGCCAGCAAGACUACAGCAAGGAUUCCACAAAGCUGAAAGAAGUAAACAAACCCAACCUCACAGUAAAAGCAGGUUGCAACAGACAACAGUCUCAUCCAGGUUAAAAAUGAACCGACAGCUGGUGAAAGACCACAGGGCUCCGUGGAUACCUCCAAACCCCACGUCCCCACCGGCAUCUCCUAAAUGUGCUGCAUGGCUAAAGGUGAAAUCGAGCCCUACAGAUGCCACAAAAGAAUCUCUCCAGCAAGAAGUUACUCAAAAGGAAGAUCAAUUGAGAGGUGCUAUUGAGCACGAAGCAGCCAGGCUCGCUUGGCUUGAUGCUGAAACUUCCAAAAGAUUAAAGGAACUAGAAGAAUUAAAAGCCACAGAAAUGGACAAAAUGCAAAAACAGAGGCUUGACUGGCUUGAUGCUGAAACUUCUAGAAGAACAAAGGAACUAAAUGAACUCAAAACUGAAGAAACGGAUAGACUUCAAAAAUUGAGUGUUUCUGCCACCCAGUUAGACAAGGUUGAGGAGUCAGUUCUGGAGCAUUUGAAGCCUCUCUUGGCUAAGGCCCAGAGAGUCAAUUCUUCUACAGAAGCAAAUAAUCAUUUGAAGGAUGGUCCAUCAGUAAACACAGCAACAGCCCAGCCUGCACGGGAGGCUACAGCCGUUGAUUCUAAAUCCAACAACGUUCAUCAGCUGGGUGAAUUUUUGGAAGAUACUGCUCAGGAGUUCUGGACUAUGACUCAUACUAAGAUCUUGGGGUCUGAAGACUUAGCCACCUUGGAGGACAGCAAGGACGGUCCCAACCUGGAGAUCAUGAUGCUCCGAAUGGACGAAAUGGAGAAAUACCAGGAGACAAUUCGCCAAAGAUAUAACAAAAUUGUAUAUGCUGAUCCUCAAUUUUGGAUGCAGGAAGGAAAAAAUGACCAACAGAUCCCAGCAGUAAGUGAAAGGCCUUUGCCUCCUCAUCCAAUCAAGAUCACAAAGACAGUAGUUCGAAAGGAUCCAGCCGUGAACAUCAUGUUAGAAAGGCCCUGUAACGGCAAUUCCUUGGAUGAAAGUGUGGGAACAGAGGAGAGAUCAGAGAAAAGAGAGGCUCCCCUUCUCUCCCUUGCAGAAGAUUCUCAAUGGAAAGAAGGCCAAGCUCUCCUCUUUGUCCCACCGGGUAUGCGGCACAGCAUUGGUGACUACUGUAGCCGUUUUGAGCAGUAUCUCCGGAUCAUAUCUCAUGAGGCCAUAGGCUCCUUCAACCCAUGGCUGAUAGCUGAAAGCUUUUCGGAAGAGCUGGUAGACGAAGCGCUGGGGGCCGUUGCUGCUGAACUUCAGGAUAUGUGUGAAGAUUAUGCAGAAGCUGUGUUCACCUCAGAAUUCUUAGAGGCUGCUACAUGAAGGCUCUCCAAGGCGGGGCCCCUCGUAUCACACUGGAGAAGGGACGGCGCCGUCCUUGGUUUAGCCCACAGGAAAUUUUUAUCCUCAGCUGUCCGUCUGGCCAGAAGGUGCUGCCCACUGAAAGGAAGGAAAUGCCGGUGAGGUCGUCCUCACUUUGCAUUUUCUCUCUGUCAUUGCAGUGGUUCUGGAAGUUUAUGAUGGAAUGUUGUUACAUUUAUCAGUGCCCAAGAAAUGUGAAUUGAUUAACACAAUAUAAUAUUUUCAGAAUGUAUAAUUUUUCUAUUGAAAAUACUAUGUUCCUUCCUCUGGCUUAGUUGGUGAUCACAAUGUUCUGAAAGGUAAUAGAUAAGGGUAUUUCACACGGGGGUUCAGAUUACUGUUGAACCCACGGCUGGCAUUGAUGCCAACACAAGUGUAGUCACUAGCUGGUCCCAUCACCAGGCUCAUGUUUUGCAUCUUUGGCGAUUUCCUACCAGGACCCCUGUCCCUGUUAGGUUGUAGACUUAGGUGGAGCACAGUUUGCUUAUGCUGCCAAACCUCUGAUCUAUUGCAAAUUAUUAAAAAGAAGAGCCCCCUGGUUGUCAAUGCACAAUAAUAAACACAUUUCUUUAAUGUUCCAUUCCUAGGUGAUUUUUCACAUUUUUAGUUCUUAAAUGUCUUUUAUUGCUGUGUGUUGACGCAUUCCGGUAUAAAAAACUUUCUGUGAAUUCAGAGGAAGUUGGGGACAUCAGGAGAGGACCAGGCCUUCUCCCGUGCCUGGUUAGAGGUACAGAGCUCAUUCUUUCUCUGAAGAGAUCAGAAACUUCUACAUUUCCACACCACGCAGGACCCCCACGUGGGAGGAGAGAGCAGAAGGAUGAUGUAUAGACCUCUGUGUCUCCCCAGAGAAAGGAAGAAACUUUAGAAACACAGUAGCUUGGUCCUCAAAUGCCUUACAAGUCUUGUUUUACCAAGAGAAAAGCCUCUGUGUUUUCAGAAACUCUGAAUUCAGAAAAAGAAAAGGAAUAUGCAUAAGAAUAAGGCCACUGCUUGGAAAAAGUUAUCCUCAAUUUUUUGCCUGAGGCUUGGUCAAAGAAAUGUGGAAAAAGAAUACCCCGAGACACCCUCCCAGGGAAUAAUGUGAAUCUUUUUAGAACAUACAGGGUGUUGUCAUCUGGGAUUUUUCUCUACAGUACAGAUAUUUCAGGUGAUAAUUUAAGCUGCUUGCUCACACUUAUUUGUGCAAAAUUGAUUUUCAUUUAAUGUUAAUGUUUUCCUGCUUAAUUUUAUAUAACUUCAGAACUUAAAGAGCUUCAAGGGAAAUUACAGGUCUUUAACCUGGGGAGUUAAAUAUGUACACUUGAAUUGAUAGGAGCACUUGUCGUUGCUAGUAUCAAGUAAUUUGUGUGGCAUUUUUACUGUACUGAUUUUUUUUUAAUAAACUCAAUAUUUUAAAGU